UUACUUUAUGAUCCUAAGUAAGAAUCCGGUUAUGGAUUUUGAUAUAAUAUUUUUUUUUUUCCGCAAGAGACUUCAAGUUCAAGAGGAAGGAAAUAGUUUUAUGUGAUGAUAGCAAAGCUUUUGUGUAUCUUAAGAUUUAGAAUGAAUCAAUAAAUGUUUAAGUACAAUUUUGCAUUCCUGGGCAUGACAGAUCAAGUUAACAAAAGAGUCCAAGUGUACUUGAUUCCAUUUAACCCAGAAAUCUCAGAUACGGGCUCAGAGGAGGUGGUCCUAUCAGAAGAUGUUCAGGAAACAGUUGUUGUGACAUCCACUGAUGAAGACAGUGUUUGCAGUGAUCUCGCAGAGUCGCAUGUUGUACCUAUUGGAGACCUAGAUGUCUUAAACACCAUUGAAUUGUCUUGUGAUGAGAAUUUUCAGUCGUCCCUGGAGGACCCUUCAUCCAUCACACCAUCUGAUCUGAGAGAUGGUUGUGAAGAAUCAUUUGUACAGUCUUACAUAGCACUUGCUCCAGAUAAUGGGUCACGGUCAGAUACUGACCCAGAAAACGCCCAUCUGACAAUCAAGGAAGUCUCAAAGCGAGAGAAGGACAGGAUGUACAAGCGAGAACAGAGGGCUAACAAAGAGUACAGGGAGCAGGAGAAAAUGCAAGCCAAACAAAGAAUGAAAGACAGAAGAAAAGAUCCCGAAUACAGAGAAAGAGAAAGAAAGAGAGAUGCAGAAAGGAGAAGACUUGCCCGUGUAAACAAUAAAGAAUUUCGACAACGAGAAAAAGAACGAGACAGACAAUAUAAAAGAGACCUUCGGAAAAAAUCCGACAGUAAAAUACAUACUGAAUUGACAAACCGCGGUGAAUGUGAUAGUUCUAGUCUCGGCAAUACUAAUACCUCCGAGAACCUGACAGUUAGUAAUUGUUUUACAGUGUUAGACUGGGCUGUGAUAGGAAAUAGUGAAGUUGAUGGGAAAUAUAAAUUAGACCAGAGUGUGGAGGAAUCAGAAGUGACAGAUUAUCAUAUGUAUGGUCAAGUCUCAAUGUGAAUUUUAAUACUAUUGCAGCUAUUUAUGAUGCAGCAAAUUUUCAGUAAUGGUGCAUUCUGUGAAAUUACAAUACAGUAAAAGAGUACAAAUUUC